AUGACCUCCACCUGCAUGGAUAGUGAUUUCCAGCUAUUCUCUCCCCGCCGCCAAUCUGGUGGGGACGACUCGCGAGGGAUGUAUUCCCAACCAACCACGGAUAAUGCCAAUCAAGAUUGGACACAGUGGAUGAGAUGGGAUGAACCUAUGUUCACCGAGAAUGACCAGACGCAGCAAAUGGACCAGUCCCUUCCCUUUAUCUCCCCGAAUACAACCCUGAGCUCGCCCAGCCACAUUCCCCAGGAUUUCUCGCCGCAGCUUCCACUCGGGCUGAUGGAGAUUCCAUUCAAUCAUGCCGGAAGAAUAGGUCACAAUCCCAAUCUGAGGGGAUCCCAAGACUCACAGUUCCAGGGUCUUGUCUCUCCUAUCUCCAGCGUUGGAACGUCUCGUAAGCGGAAGACGGGUAGCGACGAUGAUGCCACCACCGUCACUGGCCCUGUCCAGCCGGGCAAGAAAAUGCCCGCCAAAAAGCGGGCUCACAACGUCAUUGAAAAGCGAUACAGGGCCAAUUUAAACGAGAAAAUUGCUGAGCUACGCGACAGUAUACCAAGCCUACGAACCACUAAGAACGCCAAUGGUGACUCGAAUGAAGACGAAGACGAUGACGCUACCCCUGCCAGCAAGCUUAACAAGGCAUCUAUUCUGUCCAAGGCCACCGAGUAUAUCAAGCACCUGGAGAUUCGCAACAAGCGCCUGGAAGAUGAAAACACCGGUCUGAAGAACCGUCUUCGCCAAGUUGACAAGGCGGCAGACCAGGCUGUCACAUCCACCGCCUCCAUUUCAUCGCCGAGCAACUACACUGCUUCCAGUACCUCGGAUCCAACAUCUCCAAGUGUGUUCUCAAACCCCGAGGAGAUUAGUGAAAAUUCGCCCACCUCUUCAAGUCCCCCGGAGGGCCUCAUCAAGGUCCCUGAUGCAUGGAAGCGCAUGCGUGCAGAGACUGCACAAGCGGGAGUCUUUGCCGAGUCAUAUAUCAAGCCCAAUUCCCGUCCUGGUCAUUAUGGACAAGAAGGUGGCUCUCGCAAACGUUCUAAGCUGCCUAACAAGUACAUGUUGGGUGCUCUCGCCGGACUCAUGGUAUUGGAGGGCAUGGGUUCUGACAAGUCUGAGACCGAGGAGAAGGGCCUCAUGGCUAUUCCUCUGAACCUUCUCGGCCGACUCCAGUCGCCUACUCUCACCCACGCUGAUUACUACCUGAAGGAUUUUUGGUUCUCGUGGCACGCGCGAGCGAUCUCACACUUCCUCCUGCUCGCCACUCUGGUGGUUGGCAGCGCGUUCAUUGUUUUUGUCUACCUGUUCAACGCCCAGCCUGUGACUCAGCACGCACCCGCGAAGGUUGUGUCCGAGAGCCAGACCAUGGCUCCAACUUCUAGUGACUUUCGUCGACAGGCAUGGCUCACCAGCAUGCAACGGGCUGGUGUCCCGCGCCACAGGUUCUUUCGGGAGUGGUAUGUUGUGACUUCGCGAUGCUUCGAGUAUGUCCUCCGGUGCUUCAUGGGAUGGAAGCUCUAUUCCUGGGCCACUGGUAUCACCGAAGAAGAUGAGCGAGGCCGUGUGAAGACGUGGGAUAUCGCCAUUGAUGCGCAACUCACUGGAGGUGAUGCUGAGAUCAGUAAAAGCCGUCUUGUGCUCACCAUUUUCGCCGCCGGCACCCUCCCGGCAAGCCCCAUGAGAAUGAUGCUCAAGGCUUUGCACGUUCGCAUCCUCAUGUGGCGAGUUGGCGAGCCUGGCUCCUGGACUUUCCACGCCUCCAACGAUAUUGCUCGCGCUCUGGCCAACUACCAGUGGGCUGUUGCACGAGAGAUAAAUAAUUCCAUUCCCGAUGGACAUCCCGAUCAGCUUCCAAGUCACCUCGCGGCCCUCGUCAACCUCGACUGCGAGGAGGUCAUGGAUGAUUCUAUCAUCCAGCGUGCCGUGAAUCUAACUUGGAAUAGACCCACCCAGGAAGGUACUGGUGAUGACGAAGUUCUUCUCGAUGUUGUCGAAGAAGACCCUGCUAUUCAGUGCUCAGUCGAUGCUCUGGCCGCCUGGUGGUCCAGUCACCUUCUCCAGAGCGCGCUUCUGAAGUACCUCGAGGCUAGCGAAGGCGGUCCCAUGUCCAAGGCCAGUCGCGACUGUUUUAAGGAGAAGAUUCGCAUGGCCCUUGAUGCCGCUCCACGUCUUUCGGCUGCCUACACCCGUGCCCUGGUGAUGAAGGCUGUCUUCUUCGAGCACGGACGCAUCCAGAACGUGGGUGCUGUUCUUGCUGCUCUGCCAAAGGACAAGAGAAAGGGCGAGCGAAGCCAGGCUGCCAACUUCCUGGAUUCUUCACUUCCCGUGUCAGUCCGUGAAGAGAUAUCUAUCGCGGUGCGCUGUGCUAUGAUCGCUGCUGUUGUCACCUCGAGCUCUGCGGGCGAGACCUCUCUACCCGCGUCUUUCACAAUUCACAAGGCCAUCAAUUGGUUCAACCAGCUUCCGAUCGACCCGGUCGAGCUCAGUCUUGUUGGUUUUUCCGCGGUCUACCAUCUGCUACACAUUCUCGCUUCGGAUGUUGAUUAUAUUGUCUCAUCCGACUCCUCUGCUCCCUCAACCCCGGUCUCCGAGGCCGCGUUUUCUGCUGACGACGAGGCUGAAGAUAAGCCCCGGGCGGGCCGUAAGUUGGCGGUCUGCCCCCGCGACAUCCCAAACAUUGGUCGCGUGGCUGCCGAGCUCAUCUACUGGGCCCGCAAUGCCUAUAACCCGGCAUUCUAUGGGUUCUCUUCCACACUGGUCGAAGUCAUCGUCAAGGCUUGCACCACAGUCUGUGAGAAUUCCGGCCUCAACGUGGAUGAAUAUCUUCAAAAGACUCCCGAGCCCAUGCCAUCAAGGAAGCGACGAACUCGACGUCGCCGGGGCGCAUCAGACCAAUUUCUCCAGAGCGAUGCCGAUCAAGAUCUAAUUGACUCGCAGAUUCCAAAGCCUCUUCGCCGAGAGCGAUCGGCUAGUAAUGACACUGGUUACGGCAGUCUCAGCCUCGAGGAAGACAUUCAGUCCGCUCCUAAGAUCCCUGAGAAGGUGCAGGAAAUGUCGGCUUAG